AUGAAACUUCCCUGGCUCGCGUCUCUCGCUCUCGCAACGGCUAUUGUACCACUUGCAACAGCUGCGGAUCUCCCCAAUGAGGUUCCCGUCAAUCUUAUUUACUUUGAUCCAGACUUUGAUAUGAAUUGCGGCAACGUCGUGGUGAAAGGAAUUAAUGUCCACAAAGCUGUAUCUUAUGGUGUGAGUUUGCAGAUGGCAGGAGCCACGGUGAAGUCGGCCGAUGAGGACCGGGCGUAUCCACAUAAUUACCGUAAUCACGAGGACUUUGAGUUUUCACAUCCAGACUGCAAUAAGCAGAGUCAAAAGCACCGGCAAGAGUUUCCUAUUCUCCGGGAUAGCGUCUUUCAAGGGGGGUGCCAGGUGCCGUACAAAUUCCGGGCGAUAUAUGUUUUUGACCCCUCGGCGAGAGGCGAUCAUCCAACUGCCAUAUACUGCGGCACAAUCUACCAUCCCGCAGGGUACGGUACUUUCCAGGGCUGUGAUAUUACCAAACGUUACCUGUUCGAAUAUGGAGCGAUGGAUUUUAAUAGAUGGGGUGGCUUCUACGGUGCAUAG